AAAGUAGAUGGUUUACGUAUCCGUCUCGCUGAUCCGUUUUAUUAACAAUAUCUAUAAAUCACAAUAUCUUUAAUCACUUUUUACUGAAACGACAAAUUAUCUAGUGAAUACAAAUAACAACCGGCUCGAUCGGCUCAAUGGCGAAGGUCGCGAAUUCUGGUUACGACUUAUGCAAACGUACCGUGCAACCGAUUGACAAUAAACAUAACAAUAAUUUUAUAGUUACCUAUCAAAAUCAUUCUUACGAUAUACAGGAUUUUCUUCGCUAUCAUCCUGGAGGAAAAAAAAUAUUAAGUUAUUUCAAAAAUCAAAGCUUAGAUAAAGCGUUCAAAGAAAAUCCUCAUUCGCAAGCAGCGUUUCACCUGUUGGAAGAUUUUACGUUGAAAAAUGAAGAAAAAUAUCAGAAAUACGAAAAUCUGAUUGAUUGGAAUGUAUCUAUACUUGGACAAGUAAGUUCGUUAGGUGAAAAUUAUUGGGAAUGGGUUAAUUUACCGGUGAAUCGAAAAAUUAGACUUUUCAAGUCAAACUUAUUAGAGAUUUUAACGAUCACCCCUUGGUACAUAAUUCCGCUUGUAUGGAUACCGGUAUCUAUCUAUUUCUUUUAUUCAGGAUGGAUGCAAAUAAAUUACAACGAUACUGAAAGUACCUUCAUUGAAAUUUUAACUUCUUAUAUAUUUGGUAUAUUGAUAUGGACUCUAUUAGAAUACGUGCUUCAUCGUAAAGUUUUUCACUUUAAACCACCUACUUCUUCAAAAUUACUUAUUACUUUGCAUUUUUUACUCCAUGGAAUUCAUCAUAAGACACCACUUGAUAAUAGAAGAUUAGUAUUUCCUCCUAUACCAGCUUUGUUAAUAGCAAUAUUAUUAUUUCAUAUUUAUAAAAUAUUAUUUCCUCAAACAACUUUUUAUUUUAUUAUCGCCGGUACAGCAACAGGUAUUGUUGUUGAAAUAUUUAUUAAAUUCGGAUAUAUGAGUUAUGAUUUAAUACAUUAUUAUCUACAUCACGGUGCGCCAAAAGCUGGAACAUAUUUUUAUUUAUUGAAAAGAAUUCAUAAUUAUCAUCAUUUCUCACAUCAUGAAUUAGGUUUUGGUAUCAGCAGUAAACUAUGGGAUUAUAUAUUUGGAACGACUAUUUGUUUACGAAAAUUGACAAAACCGAUUGAAUGGUAAAUAGAUCAAUGAAAAAUAAUUUAUAUGCGAAUUAAAAAAAAAAAAUUUUUAUAACAAAUAAGUACAAAACAAAAUAAUUGAAGUCAAUCUAAUGAUCAUCUUAUGAUCGAUGAUUCGAUCAUAAUACGAUCGUUCAAUAUCAUUUUAAGUACAAACAAGAAAUAAAAUAUAGAAUAUAUUUGUAAGAUCAAACAAUAAUUAAAAAAAAUUUUUAUAAAUGUUUUUAUAUGCUACAAACCUGAACAAAUUAAUGCUUUAAGUACA